GGUGUUUGAAUGGGAAGAGGAAGCCAUCUGACUGUUAGCUCGUUAGCUAGGAAGUGGCUAACCUCGCUGCAGAACACAAACAAGUUAAAGUUAAACAGCGACUCGGCGGCGCUAGCUCGACUCGCUUGUUCCCAUCCUCUGUCUCCAUGAAGUCUCCAGCCCGAGUCGCACUCAGAACAUGACUCGGCAUUAAACAUCUGUCCGGAAAGGCAGGAUUCAGUCGGAUGAGGUCGCCCCUACAGCUGUCAGGAUGCAGCAGAAAAGAAACAUCCAGAUCAUCGAGUGGGAGGACCUGGACAAGAGGAAGUUCUACUCUUUCGGGGUGUUCAUGACGAUGACCAUCCGUGCCACGGUCUACCCAGCAACACUCAUCCGCACGCGGCUGCAGGUGCAGAGGGGCACGUCGCUCUAUGGCGGCACUUUAGACGCCUUCGUCAAGAUCCUGCGGGCGGAGGGCGUACGCGGCCUCUACCGUGGCUUCAUGGUCAACUCCCUCACGCUCAUCUCAGGGCAGGCUUACAUAACCACCUACGAGCUGGUGAGAAGGCAUGUCUCCCAGUACACAGAGGACAACACGAUGAAGUCGCUGGUGGCCGGUGGCUCGGCUUCACUGGUUGCUCAGAGCAUCACCGUUCCCAUAGAUGUCGUCUCUCAGCAGCUGAUGAUGCAGGGCCAGGGGGCGCACCUCUCCCGCUUUCAACUCAACACUACCACAGAGACUGGAAAGCGAAAAGUACUGUUCGGCCAAACCAGGAAGAUUAUGAGUCUGAUUUAUGCUGCUGAUGGUUGCCGGGGCUUCUACAGAGGAUACGCUGCUUCUUUAAUCACUUACAUCCCAAACAGUGCGGUCUGGUGGCCUUUCUAUCAUUUUUAUGCUGAGCAACUCUCCAAACUGGCUCCCAGUGACUGUCCUCACCUGGUUCUACAAGGCAUUGCUGGACCUCUCGCUGCCGCCACUGCCUCAACGGUCACCAACCCAAUGGAUGUGGUUCGAGCCAGAGUCCAGGUUGAAGGCCGGUCUUCAGUCAUAGAGACGUUCAGACAGCUGAUCAGAGAGGAAGGCUGCUGGGGUUUGACCAAAGGACUUUCGGCUCGCAUCAUUUCCUCCACACCCACUGCCAUCGUCAUGGUGGUCGGCUACGAGACUCUAAAGAGAAUGAGUUUGCGACCGGAGCUGGUGGAUUCGAGACACUGGUAAAACACACCUGGACAGGCGGUGUAUGUACCAUGUGACAUUUUCGCCCCCAGCCCCAAAGUGGACUUCCUGUGAAAGCACUGGGUGAAUAAUACAUCUCAGCCUGGGGGGGGG